AUGGUCCGCAUCUGCACUACAGUUGUCGGCGUCCUCGUCGCCCUCGCAUCCUUCUCUGUUAGCAAGCCGGUCGCUAUCCAUGCGUCCGUUGCUGACGUUCAAGCUGACUUUGCAACGAUUCGAAACGUCAAUAUUCCCCGGCUCAACAAUGCUAUAGCCAAUUUGCCCGACUCGCCUGAUGAGGUCAAAGGUCCAGAAGUAGCCGAAGUACAAAGAGCCACAGCGGCCUUGUCAAGCAAGAUGAUCGAGACGGAUGGUCAUGUCAAGGACGUCCCUUCUGUUGACCGAGACGAGGCAGAGAUGUUAUUGACCUCCAUGGAGGUAUCUCAUCGUACAAUUCUUGGUCCCAUCGAUGCUAUCGCCGCAAAAAGUGGCACAUUCACUGGGAAGGAGGCACCCCUUCGUCCUCUCGUGCGCCGUGAGAUCGUGAAGCUCAAGGUCAAUUAUGUACAGUUGGCAGAUGAUUUACUGGCCAAGACCCCUGACGACAUGAAGCCUCGUGGAGAGGUGCUGAAGUCCGAUGCAGUUCAACACUUUGAUAAUGCGAUCAAUGAAUACAACUAA